AUGUGUGAUCGCUGUCCCUCUGCUCACUAUAGGUUUACCUUAAUGCUAUACUUUCAUGUUGCCAAUUCUUAUCCAGGUUUGGGUACCUCUUCUAGCAAAGAGGCAAAAGAAUACUUCUCAGAUAUGGCAAGGCAUCGAAUUCGCUUCCGCUACUCAGGUCAGGAGGAUGACGUAAGUAUCCAGUUGGCAUUUGACAAAAGCAAAGUAACUGAUCGGAAAACCUGGCUAACUGAUUGGACCGCAGAACGGAAGCGUCGUCGCGAGCUAGGCCUACCCGAACCCUAUCUUUAUGGAAAAGACACACGCGCAGUCAGUUACCAUGAUUUCGUACACAAAGAGUUGGUUCUCUUUUCCAAUUUGGACAAUGAACGUAGCAUACCAUCUGUCGUCGACGGUCUCAAACCUGGCCAAAGAAAAGUGCUUUUCACUUGCCUGAAACGAAAUCUCGUGAAAGAGAUAAAGGUUGCUCAAUUGUCCGGUUCAGUUUCCGAAAUGUCAGCCUACCAUCACGGUGAACAGUCUCUUAUGGGCACCAUUGUUGGGUUGGCACAAAAUUUUGUCGGUUCAAAUAAUCUAAAUCUGCUGCUACCCAUCGGUCAGUUCGGUACACGUCUUUGUGGCGGUAAGGAUGCCGCCUCGGCUCGUUACAUUUUUACUGCACUGAGCCCGCUAACUCGUCUGAUUUUUCAUCCGGCUGAUGAUCCGAUAUUAACUUAUUUACGAGAUGAUAACCAACGGAUCGAACCAGAAUGGUAUUGUCCGAUCAUCCCGAUGAUACUGGUCAACGGUGCCGAUGGAAUCGGAACGGGUUAUGCCACCCGCAUCCCUAAUUACAGUGUGCUUGAAGUGAUAGCUAAUCUCUAUCGGCUGCUGAAUGGCGAUUCCCCGUUGCCUAUGAUACCCAACUUCCGUGGGUUUCGUGGUACUAUUCAGGUGAGUAUCAGUCUCCUGUUUUUCAAUGCUCCCAAAAAUCUCGAAGGUUCGAUUUUUCAUCCAACCAAGGUUGCAAACAGGUUAAGACGCUCGAGCGCCACUGUUUUGCGACAGCCAUGUCAUGUAGUGUUUCUGACCAUGGGUUACGCUGAUCCCGAGGUCCGCAUCCAGGAUUCCCAAAGGAACCGAUAUGACCGAGUCUGGUGGACUAGUUCUUCAUACCCUCGUGCUGGCUGUUAA